UUUACCUUAAGCUAAGCUUUAAUCAACUGUCAACACGCUUAAACUUAUUGGUUUUCGUUUAUGAUCAAGUGAGGACCAUCUUCCGGCCGAAGACAUCAAUUCAAAUUUUUCGCGCGUUCCGAUGAAAGCCCGUCAGCGAAAUGAUGUCUUUUAGACCAGCACUAGCUGCAAUGUUGAGCCACCAUCGUACUGGACUGGUAAAGGGCUACACCAGGGUACAAAAAUGUAGCUUUUAUGUGCAUUUUCAACGUUCUAGAGCCAAUGCCAAGAAUCUAGACUCGCAGAAUCUCAAACUCAUCACAACCACGUGGGUACAACGUCUAAAGGAAGAGAGUGUACCCGAAGCGGAACUAUCGGUGAAUAUCAUCCUAUAUCAUGUUCUUGGCAGAGACAGAGUGAGGAAUGGUGAUGUGAAAGAAAAUGAGCAGAAUUUGACAAGGGAAGAAGCAAGACAAAUCAAUGAAAUGUGCCUUCAGAAACUUCAAAGAGUUCCUGUACAGUACAUUAUUGGUGAAUGGGAUUUCAGGCAUUUAACCUUGAAAAUGAUGCCGCCUGUCUUCAUUCCAAGACCAGAGACUGAGGGACUGAUAGAUCUAGUUGCUAGUCACCAUGGCCUUGCUGAUGAAGGUGACAAGUUUAAUUUCUUGGAAGUAGGAUGUGGAAGUGGAGCCAUUUGUUUGUCAAUACUGUCAGAAUAUCCUCAGACAACAUGUGUAGCUAUUGACAAGAACAAAGAAGCUGUUAGUCUCACAAGAGAAAAUGUAAACAGUUGCAAUGUAAGAGACAGGAUAACACUUCAUCAUGCUGACGUUCGAUCUGUGCUGCCAUUACUUGGCUCCACAAAGUUUGAUGCCGUCAUUAGUAAUCCUCCAUACAUUCCUGAACAAGAUGUGACUCUCUUGGAGCCUGAAAUUUUCAGGUAGAUCCGAGUGUGUUGUAGCGAUAUCUUCGUUUUGUCCCCUAUUGUAUUAGGAUAGUGUGCAGACCAGGUAUCCCACUGUAAAUGAACAAGUUCAAAAAUUCUACGUCUGUACUGAGCCUCUGAGAACCAUCACAAAACAGGGCUAAAUGAAUGAAUUUAGUAAGCGG